AUUUACUUUUUUCUCUUCAUCCUGGAGAAUUCCCUCCAGGAAAUUGACGACAAUUUUAUGUAUCACGUGCGCUCUGCUGUUGGGGAAGAAUGUUGUGUCCUGACAGUCUCACCCUGACAUUCCCGCGACAUUCUGGGUGUCCAAUUGCUCCUGGUCCCAUUCCAUACACACUCCGGCAGCAGUUAAGACUAUUGGGGCAGCAGCCGCCUUCACUCAGACCUCAAAAUAGCACAGAGGCUGUGUGACGGGUGGGCAGGGGGUGUCCAGAGAGGAGUCAUAUGCACAAAACAGUCAACAGUCAUACAUAGAACAGUUCGACACGCUAGUGUGGAUGUGCCCCAACAACGUCUCAACAUUGUCACUUGUGUCCAGUUGCUGUAGUUGACCGAGCGUGUUUCCAGAACCACUCGAGCUUUAUUUUCCCUCCCGCCUUGCCAUGAAGCUCAACGUGGCGUUGUUUUUUGCGGGUCUGUUUGGGGCCCUGGCGGUGGUCUUCGUCCUGCUCUCAUUCGGAACCGAUUACUGGCUGCUGGCCUCAGAGAGCUGCCCUCCACUUUCUGAUGACGGCCACACCGCUGGGGAGCUUGGCGAUAUGUCGGCACAAAACGCCACCGAUGGAGCCAUUUCGUACCACGAAGGCUUCUUCUGGAGGUGUUCCUUUGUAGGCAACGUGCAAGAAGAUGGCCUGCAAUGGACACUUUGGUUCACAAAUCAGCCUCACCUCAAAGUGUGUAUGCACGCCUACCUCUUCCCAUUCCCGGUAUCCCAACACACACACAACGCCACGGCCUAUGAAUCUGCCAUUAUAUACAGAGGCUUCUGGAGCAUCUUCAUGCUGAUUGGCGUGGCGGCCGCGCUGCUCGCCGGCUUCUUUAUCAUUUGCGCAGCUCCCUUCGCCAGCCAUUGCUUGUACAAAACGGGAGGUGGCUUCUUUCUGGCAUCGGGUUUCUUCUUGCUGUGUGUGGUGGUGAUGUACGUGCUGUGGAUCGAGGUGUUGGACGUGGUGGACAUCUACGUGAAUUACCGGCGUUCCACCAUGUGUUCAGAUUUCCAGCUGACCCUCAAUUAUGGCCUCUCCUUCAUCUUCGCUCCCAUCGGCAUCUUUUUCUCUCUGCUGGCUGGCCUCCUCUUCCUCCUGAUUGGCCAAACCAUCAAGAACCAUUAACUCUGGGCAAUCAAAAGGGAAACGUUUGGAAAUCAGAAUACAUUCAAGAGUUAAUGAGUUAGAAUUCUGUGCAAAAGACUUAGACUACUAUGCUACAUUGACAAAAAAUAACUAGAAAGAAACUCAUUAGAGACUGCUCUAUUAACAGGGAUAUACUUCCCUGGAUAUACUUCCCUGUUAAUAGAGCAGUCAUAGCUAUGUGACCCACUGCACCGCCACAAUCAGUAGUGACCUGGCUCUUUAAAAAAAGAAGCAUUAAUUUUUCCAAUAUGCAACACAUCUUCGUAGAUGAUUUUAGAUUAUUAUUAAUAAAUGUAUACAGCCCAAAAAUAAUAAUUGAGAUUUCUUUACCCUUUUAUUCUAAAAUAAAGUACUUCUUUCCAAAAGGAAGAAAGUUGUACAUUUUGUUUAUUGACACUGUCAAAGAGAAAUUAUUAACAGGUCACGAUGGUGGUUGUUAUGAUUGCUGGGGAUCACUGGCGUUCCAUCAGGGCCAGCAAGGCCUUCUCUGCUGGCCUAAACAUUCUCAGAAAAAUAAAUUUAUUCAAUUUACUUUUCUGAGAAUAACAUAAAUUAAAUGUUAUUUUAUUUUCAUAAAUAUGUCAACAAAAUUGUUCUCUGUAUUCUUUACGUCAUAUUAUUUCCACUUAGUCGAGUGGAACUCGAUAAAUAACUAAUUUAUUAUGGUAGAGUUUUUAACCACUCAUAUUUCAGAUAGCUUGUGUUGCUAGGUAAACUAAAUUUGCUCGGGGCCUUCUGAUUAAACUGAGCUGGCCCCUAUGCGCUUUAAAUGAACGGGCACAGUCAGCUUGCAAUAGCCAAUCAGAUCACGAGUCUGAGGUACCGGGUCAGUUUGAAAGGUUUACGUCGACACUUGACGUGCGCGUUCGGUGAUUGGAUUAGCGCCUGCUAGAGGGAGCUGUUGCUGCAUUUUGACCCAAAAUGGCCGAAGGAGAAGACGUUGAUCUGGUUGCAGGACUACUUUCCACACAAUUUUCAAGAAGGACCUUCCACUGAAUUUACCGAUUUAAGUUGCUACCAAGGCAGCAAGGAAACAUCAGAACACGGCUGGGAACUUACAAGCUACGGUUUAAAAACGUUUGGGAAUGGGGGCACUGGCAUAGAUCUGCAGCUCAGUGAACAGGCACUACAUUGGUGAGUAAAUGAAUUUUAUUUUACAUUUCUUCUUGUUAUUUUAUUUCGUUAGUAUUAAUGGUCAACAAAUAAAAUGACAAAGAUACAAAAAUGUAUCAAAUAAAUCAGCUCACCUGCAAUUUAUAAUGGCGCAUUGUAGUCAGCUGUGUGCACUAAAAUUCGUUCAAUCUCAGCUGCUCAACAUUUUCAAUUAGUUGCUGUUGUAUAGCCUAUUCUCAAAAUGCAAAUGAUCUGUUAAUUUCAUUUUCAAAGAAUAGUUUGUUUUGUUAUCGUGUGGUUGGUGUCUUAUAUGAAACUGCGACAUUGCGCAAUUUAUUGGACAGACUUGUUUAUGAUCACACAGCGUAAUUUGGGUGGCAUUUUAUUUAGUAUUUUUUAAAUCUUUUUAUUUUUGACAAUAUCUGUAAAUUUAGUUUCCUGCUCUUAAUUGUGAAUGCAUACUUGAUGGUUUUAAAUGCUCCUGAAAUUAAGAGCUGCCUGACAAGCCUA